AUGAAAGUUUACGAUCCGUUGGGACUUAUCGGAAACUUCCUUAUGUUCCUGAAGAUCCUGCUCCAGGAAAUAUGGCGUUCUGGUGUGACGUGGGACGAGCCAAUAGCAUCUAAGGAAUGGAACAAAUGGAAGCUUUGGUUGAAAGUCCUCCCCAGAAUUGAAUCCGUUCGUAUCCCUAGAUGCUACCGGAUGUGUACCGGAGCAAAAGAUCCGAACAUUCAACUUCACAUUUUCGUUGACGCGUCCGAGAACGGCUACGCUGCCGUGGCAUAUCUUCGCUUCGAAGAAGGUAGAACCAUCGAAUGUGCGCUAGUCGGCUCGAAGACUCGAGUUGCUCCAUUGCGAUUUGUCUCGAUUCCCCUCGAGAUUCAAGCUGCAGUGAUAGGAGUACGCCUUGCUAUCAGUAUAGAAGAUUCGCAUAAGCUGAAGCCAUCGCAGAGGUUCUUCUGGUCGGAUUCGCGGGACGUGAUUUGUUGGAUAAAUUCAGACCAUCGCAAGUAUAGUCAAUUUGUCGGAUGCCGAAUCGGAGAAAUACUAGAGCUCACCGAAGUUUCAGAAUGGAACUGGAUAUCAACGAAAAUCAACGUUGCGGAUGAUGCUACUAAAUGGCAGAGGUUGCCAAAUCUGUCCUCAAACGGGCGCUGGUUUCGAGGUCCCCCGUUUCUCUGGGAACCGGGAAGCAGAUGGCCUAUUACCAGGUCUGAUCCCGGAUCCACCACUUUAGAGUUGCGAUCUCAUGCUUUGCACCACACAUUGCUGGAACCAGCCAUCAAAAUAGACAAAUUUUCACGAUGGAAGCGCCUAAUACGACAUGUGGCCUUUGUCCAGCGGUUCCCAAUGAACGUUCGUAGGAAAAUUUUAAAGGAGACUCUCGUCACUGGACCACUCACGCAAGAAGAGUUGGUUGGAGCAGAGAACUACAUAUAUAAGACCGUCCAAGCCGAAGUUUUUCCGGAAGAGAUCCAGAUUCUCCAGGAAGCGGAUCGGGAGCCUUGGAGAAGCAAGAGAAGUCUACCGAAAGAUAGUGCACUAUACAAGCUCAGCCCGAUUUUCGAUAGAGAAGGUGUGUUACGCAUGCACGGUCCCAUCGAUGCGUGCGAAUUCGCAUCAAAUGAUACCAAGCACCCGAAAUUACUUCCUAAAAGCCAUCACGUAACCGAAUUAAUAGUACUGGAUGUUCACCUGCAGUAUUGUCAUCUCAACCACCAAACCGUCUUGAAUGAAAUACGACAGAGAUAUUGCCACGCCUUCGUACCGUCUACCGUCGGAUUCGAAAUCGUUGCCAACUUUGCAGGAUCAGAAAUACGAAACCUCAGUCACCGAUGA